UUUCCAGAAUGUUUCGCGAUUUGUGAGCGAAUUUCAUGAAGAAAGUUGCGGUUAUCCCCGUUCGUUGAUGUGAACAUCGAAAAAUGAAGGAGUGAACCUUUAAUUGGGCAACGUCCGAGAAAGUACCACACCCAAAGUUGAAGUGAUCAGAUCGUGGAAUGUGACCAGUUUUUACAUGGAUGCGCCGCUGUAAAUGUAAACAAACAGGGCGUUUUCGGAGUGUAGAAGAGACGCAUCAGUGCCGAAGUCAUCAUUAGAGAUCAAUUCGAGAAUAUGUUAACCAGAUUAAACCUCAUCCAACCAAAGCUCAGGAAUUAAUCCAUCAGCCAGUAACCAUCACCACAACAGCUAGGCAGUAAACAGACUCAUUUCUGUGAGCCUCACCGCAAGGACUUUCGUUGCGGCGAACGUGACAAUCCACCGGCCUCUGGGCUUCGAGCGAGGAUUGCUCCAAAUGGUGUAUAAUGUCAACGAUAGACGAGCGCCUCUCCUAUCUCGAUAAUCCAUAUUUCAAGGGUCACAUCUACGGCAAUUUCAAUCCGUUCUACGUUACCAUCGCGAUCUGCACCGUGUUGGGAGUGUUCAUUUUCCUGCUCAAUAUCGUUUGCGGCUGUUGCUCCAAGUACAAAUCCUACUGGCAGGAUCGACACACAGGAAACCGUUGGCUUGUUUCUAUUUGGUCAGCAACGCCCCAUAAACAACCGCCCCUGGAUCUGACCGAGCUGAAGGACGUCCGUUCUUUCCAGCCAAUAAAUCCCGACAUCGAACGUCCGGUUGAGUACACAGUCUCUCAUCACCGUCCACAACAGCAGCAGCACCCGCAGCAAUUCGGUCGUGGCGGCGGAUAUCCGGAGGAAUACGUCGAAUUACACAAACGGGAAAGCGACAUUUAA